CUUUCCCCAAACACAACACCCACGGCGACCGCCACAUAUACCCCUCGGACCUCCGGCAAUCUCUACUCUCGAGUACAGCAGCCAUGUCGCGCUUUUUCGCCGCCAGCGACAGCUCUUCGGAAGAGUCCAGCGAGGAGGAGCUCUACUCCAACGACGAGAAAUCCGAGCAGGGAGACUCGGAAGUCGACUCUGACGACGACUCAGACGACUCAGACUCGUCAUCUGGUUCCGAGACCGGUGCCGCCCGUUUCUUGAAGGACGCCAGCAGCGACAGCGAGAGCGACGAUGAGGAUGCGAAUAAGGUGCUCAAGAGCGCCAAGGACAAGCGCUUCGACGAGCUCGAGGCCGUCGUGAGGCAGAUCGAGAACGCGCAGCGCAUCAACGACUGGGCCGUCAUCUCAGACCAGUUCGACAAGCUGAACCGCCUGGUGCCGACCAUGAUCAAGCAGAACGAUGGCAAGGUCCCCAAGAUGUACGUUCAGGCCAUCGCCGACCUCGAGACCGCCGUUCUUGAAGCCCACGAGAAGCAGAAGGUCACCCCCAAGAAGAUGACCGCCCCCAACCAGCGUGGUUUCAAUGCCAUCCGCCAGAAGGUCAAGAAGCACAACCGUGACUACCAGCGGGACAUCGACCUGUACAGAGAGAACAAGGAGGAGUUCAUGAAGGAGGAGGAGAUCGUCGAGCAGGCGCCCAAGGAGAAGAAGAAGAAGGACAAGGCCAGGAUCGCCCAGCUCGGCACCGAGACCGUCAUCGACGCCGGCGACGAUGGCUUCGUUACCGUUGGUGCCGGCGGCAAGGCCGUCCAGUACACGGCCGAGGGCAUCCUCAAGCAGCUGCGAUCGAUCGUCGAGCAGCGUGGACGCAAGAACACAGACAAGCUUGAGCAGAUCCGCACAAUGGAGAAGCUGCUCGAUGUUGCCGUCAACGACUACCAGAGAAUCCGCGUUCUCCUCACACUGAUCUCCACCCGCUUUGACCUGACAUCUGGCACCGCCAGCCACAUGCACCAGGAGCAGUGGAAGCUCGCUGAGCAGGAGUUCGGCAAGCUGCUCGAGACACUAGAGAACAGCAAGGAGAUUGUUGUCGUCGAGAACGCCGAGGAGUGGGAGGACGACGAGAAGACACCCACCAUCGAGGAGGGCCAGAUCUUCAAGAUUCCUGGCAGCGUAGUCUCAUUUGUUGAGAGGCUCGAUGAUGAGCUCACCCGCUCUCUCCAGCACAUCGACCCCCACACAGCCGAGUACGUCGAGCGUCUCACAGACGAGAGCGCCCUGUAUGCUCAGCUUGUGCGCGCAAUGAUCUACGUCGAGAGCUUGCAGAGCAGGCAGGGUCUCGAGGUCCCACAAGACUCCGCCAACCGCGUGGUUAUGCGCCGGUUGGAGCACGUCUACUUCAAGCCUUCGUCCGUCGUCCAGAUCCUCGAGAACAAGACAUGGGAGGCGAUCCCAUCUCACCUAGACUCCACAACCACUCCCCGCGCUGACGCCAACGACACAGCCUCCAUCGUCCAGACACUCUGCACAUACCUGUUCAGUCGCAGCGAGGGCAUCAUCCGUGCGAGGGCAAUGCUCUGCCAGAUCUACUUCUUGGCUCUGCACGACCAGUACUACAAGGCUCGCGACAUGAUGCUCAUGUCCCACUUGCAGGAAACUAUUAGCAACUUCGACGUCAACACCCAGAUCCUCUUCAACCGCUCCUUGGUACAAGUCGGUCUUUGCGCGUUCCGUGCUGGUCUUGUCUACGAGGCCCAGACCUCGCUGCAGGAGAUCUGCGGCAGCAACAGGCAGAAGGAGCUUCUCGCACAGGGUCUCCAGAUGCAGCGCUACUCGCAAAUCUCGCCCGAGCAGGAACGCCUUGAACGUCAGCGUCAGCUUCCCUUCCACCUCCACAUCAACCUCGAACUGCUCGAGUGCGUCUACCUGACAUGCUCCAUGUUGCUCGAGAUCCCUCUCCUCGCACAGCUCGGCUCAUCGCCUGAUCUCAGGAAGCGUGUUAUCAGCAAGACCUACCGCCGCCUCUUAGAAUACCAUGAGCGCCAGAUCUUCACCGGACCUCCGGAGAACACUCGUGACCAUGUCAUGCAGGCCUCCAAGGCACUGUCUGCUGGCGAGUGGAAGAAGGCUGCCGAGUUCAUCAACAGCAUCAAGAUCUGGGAACUGGUGGCCAACCAGGAGCAGAUCAAGGACAUGCUUUCCGCCCAGAUCCAGGAGGAGGGUCUGAGGACCUACCUCUUCACAUACGCGCCUUACUACGACACACUUGCCAUCUCGACCCUGGCUGAUAUGUUCGAGCUGAGCGAGCGCAAGAUCAGCGCCGUCGUCAGCAAGAUGAUCUCCCACGAGGAGCUCGCCGCUGCCCUCGACCAGGUCAACAGCGCAGUCAUCUUCCGCAAGGGCGUCGAGCUCUCCCGCCUCCAGACCCUCGCCCUCAGCCUCUCCGAUAAGGCCUCCGGUCUCAUUGAGUCCAACGAGAAGACGCUCGAGCAGAGAACACAAGGCACAGCGCACGCCUUCGAGCGACAAGGCGGUCGCGGCGGUCGCGGCGGUGGCCGCGGAGGUCGUGGUGGCCGUGGCGGCGGCGGUGGCCCGAGGGGCGGCCGAAAUCAGCAGUUCACGGGCGGUGCGCUGGGACGCGCGAUCCAGGCCUAGAGCGCUGGGGAUGUUUAGGUUUUCAUGGGCGGCGUUUGAACUUCGGGUGCCGAGACUUUUGGCUGGCUUCCCGUGGUAAUGCAAUGGCAUGAUGAUGCGGACAGAUAUGAAGACGGGGAUGAUUUGUUAGUGCAUACCAAGCUAGUAGAUUACGAAUUACAUCGGGAAAAGUUCAUGCGCUUUCUUCUGUUGUCGCGCUGGCCUCUGGGGCUUCGUAGCUGAUCUGUUGUCGCGAUGGGCGUGCAGGCACAUCGCCAGGCUUUCGUUGAUCUUGGCUCUGAUGGAUCGAGGAGUCGUGUCUGAGGGAGCUGGCGGUACCGUCCUAUACACGACCAGUUUGGGACACUGUGUGCACUGGUGGGGCACAUGGUUUAACAUGGAGUAGUGGGACUCGUGGC